AUGUUGCCGAUUUCACGAAUACGCACACAAUCACUUUUCAUCCAGUUGCAGCGCUGCGCACCUCGCCUUAAUCAACCGCCGUUAAACUAUACCAGCACAAUUUCACUUCAGAAGUACUCAUUUAACUCUCGGAAAUGUGCCUGCAAUUUAAGGACAAUCCAGAACAGGCAGAAUUUCUGUUCGAACAGUUCAACUGAUGCCAAAUGCGUAUUGCCAGCUGUAACGCCAUCAGAUACUAGUGACACAUCAAAUGAAGCUGACGCAAAAGAAGGGAAAAUGUACAUAGAGUUCACUUGUAAAAAAUGUUCCACUCGAUCAAGCAAAUAUUUUUCAAAAUUGGCAUAUGACAAGGGUGUAGUUAUAAUUCGCUGUGAUGGAUGUCAAAGUCUCCAUUUGAUUGCUGAUAAUCUUGGAUGGAUCAAAGACAAACAUUGGAAACUGGAAGAUUUUGUCAAGUUUAACAAGAAAUCUAUAUGCGUUGCAUGAAACAGCGAGAAUCGGUAGGUGAAGAGUUAUGAAUAAGUUCAAUCAACCUCACUCGCGGUUCAUCAUGUACUGUAAGUUUCACUUCAGGUUUAUUUCCCUAUUUUGACAUCUUAGUACAUGAUGGUGUAAUACACUACCAAGGUUUCAUUUUCAAGUUAACUGGUUUAUAUUCCGGCCUGACUCAAGUUUUGACUUAUCCACUAGUUUAUGCAUCGAGACCCUGCCACAUGCAUGAAUAGCAAAUAAUAUACUUAGCCCUUAAGUCGUAAAAAUGACUUGUCUAUUAUCAAAUGUCGCAUUUCUGUUAACUAUGACCAACAAUUGCACUUUGUGCAAAAGAACUAUUAUACUAAUGUAAUCUUUUUAUAUUUCAGGAAUAGAUUAAUUCCAGAAACAAGUCACACGUGCUUUAACUUUAGCUAUGUCAUCAGUAUUAGAUGUCAAGAUUAAGGAUUCUACAGACAGAUUGUAAUCGACAACUCUGCGCAUAUAUACACAUGGUUGCUUAGCUGCUAUGAGUCGUUUCCUCACGUUUGUUGUCGUAUUGGGAUAGAUGAAGCACAUUCUCUCAAACGACUACGUAUUCAUUUCCUCCGAUAGGAAGGUUCUAUUAACUGCUUUUGAGAGAGUUUCCACAGAAGUGAGUCGCAAAUGUUGAGAUGGUGGAUAAGUAGUGACCGUCAAAUGGAGUUAGAUAAUAAUUAUACUAGGUAAGAAGUUCACAGGAAUGAAUAGCAUGUAUGUCUUAAGAAGCAGUGGAAAUGCGGCUGCAAACACUCUCCCCUAGCGCCUUAUCAAUUAAAUCUCAGGUCUUAAAAUAGCUACUUUCUUUGAUCUGAGCGUUUUGUGAAUGUACCAGUUUUUAGAUAAGCUACAGAAUCACUGAAGAUUGCAGUACACAAAUUUUUAUCAGUAGGUGUAGUGUACUUCGCUGUUCUCAUGAUGUACUAGUUAUGCUAAUAAUAGAUAUAAUAAUAAAUCUCUUUUCACUAACGUUUAUUUUACUCGAUAUUAAGUACAGAAAUUGAAGGACAUGUUUCACAUUUCGAUUUUGUUUGUUUCUAUUCAUCAGCUAGUUUUGCGUGCAAUCUGUGAAAAAAAACCUUCUCUUUAUGUGACUUGAUCGGCAAAUCGCUAAUUUUAAGGAACCGAAUUGUCAAAUCACAACUGUAAUAAAAUCUCCAGUUCAUAAAAGAAGCCUUACAGAACUACAGUACAAUGAGAAGCGUUUUCAUUACUGCAUAAACACAAGUUGCAAAAAAUACUUUACUGCAUAGAAUAUUAACUUUUACACUUGAGACUAAACGCCAGUUUACACUGAUUACCGUUUUUUCAUUACAGAAAAGCAUUAUUCAGUCAAAAGCGGGAAGUCGCUUCCUUCGCCACUGUACCUACAUCAGAUAUCUUCAUUUUACCAUGUUUGUACAAAACAAUAUUAAAUAAACUGUUAAUAAAGUUUCUGAAAAA